GCUGUUUUUGAGGUGCGUGGGAGGCAUUAGAUGCUCCUGAAGAUGAUAGAGAUGACCUGAUUGUGCUGUUUGACCUAUUUAAGCUACCACAAUGCCAAUAUGAAGCCCGACCCUCUCUGGUGUGGCAUGUUAUUAUCUACAUCAAGGCUGUCCAGUUUUAUUCAUAAAGGCCAAUAUGGAUACAACUUUUCAUUCCUACCAAGAAGAAAUCACACUAUGGAAAGUCAAGAACUGAUUAAACAGAAUCCUGCAUCAGGAACUGGCCCUAUGCAGAUAAGGUUUAAAAAUAAUCGAAUGCACUAUGCAAACACCUUACUUGUGGUUGUAACCACACUGCAGAGUGGGUACACACACUGAACACAGCCAGUAGACAGAACCAGAUUAAACCAGAGCACUACACCACCAUGCCCUCCUUUUGUAAUGAAUUUUCAACAGUGAUUGACAUCAAUAAAUUGUCAUAUUAUCUAAAUAAUAAGCACACUGUUGUUUUGUUCAGUAAAAUAACUGAACUGUACAGUACCCAUCUGACUAGAGUUAAAGAAGCCUGCACUGAAAUAUUUUCCCACCUAAACAAUGAACAACACCAUGAUAUUAAGAAUUUCUAUAUAUAAUAACCUACAGUUUUAACCCAAACAAACCCUUUUCCUAUUUCUGGAAGAUACAUUGGUAUCAAAACCACACCACAUUACAUAAGAGUUUCAGAUCGUAUCUGUAGCAUUUUUAAAAAGUGUUGUGUGUAUGCUUUUUAACAAGGUUUGAUGAAACAUUUUUUCUAACUUUUACUAGCUUGGAAAUUAUAUACAUGCAUUUAAAAUGUCUCCAAACAGGUAUCUCUGCUGCCUUCACAUAUGGUGCGAAAUGUGGACAAAGUGAAUAUCUAUCAGCAGCUGACGAAUGCUGUCCUAUGUGUGCUAUGGGGUCAGUGGUCAUGAAAGACUGCCAUGGGGAUUACAGUACAAGUUGCAAACCUUGUUUUAAGGGAACAUUUAUGAACGAACCGAAUGGAUUACAAACCUGUUUUCAGUGUAAAAUCUGUGAAAACGGCCUUUUUAUUUCUCAGGACUGUACAACAAUGAAGGAUACAGUCUGUGGGGUGUUUGAUGGAUAUUAUUGCAAGCAUUAUACAGAUAACAGAAAUGAUUGCUCUCUAGCAAUAAAACACAGUAAAUGUAAACCGGGGGAACAAAUAAACACUCCAGGUACAAAGGCCUCAGAUACUGUUUGUGAGCCCUGUUCUCCAGGGUUUUAUUCUCCUGAAGGUGUGAACUGCUCUAAAUGGACAGACUGUUCAGUCAGAAAUGAGAUCGAGGAUGAAGAAGGCACUUCCAUUAGAGAUGUCCAGUGCAAACCACAAAGGAACAGAUAUGGUCUCAUAGUAGCUUUAGUAGCUUUUCCCGCUGCAGUUGUUUUACUGUCAUUUGCAGUUUUAUGUUUAUGUCAAAGAAAAUCAGUCAGAAGUUUCUUUAUAUUAAAAAGGCCUAUAGAAGAAACAGACCCUCAAUCUUCACAAUGUACCCCAUCAACCAGUCCACUGAAAGACAAUCAGGAAACAGAAUCACCAGCUGUCCAAGCAGACUGUAACAAGGAACACAUGGUACAGGUGAAAACAUGAGUUACUUCACAAGGAUGUUUUUUACUAAAGCACCAGCUCGAUGAAUGGACAAAUAAGACUUUUUUAUUUGAAAACUCAAAGUGUGUGUUUUAACAAAACAAGUGCUCUUUACAAAUCAGUGAUUCACUUUGGGAGAGCAAAAAUGCAUAGAACUGUAUUUACAGUUUUUAAUAAUAGAUUUAUUACUGCUGUAUGUAAUGUUCAUAGUGUUGUUGUUUUUUUUUUUUUAUCUUGUGUUGGAAUUGUUUUGAUAGCUCCUCCUGAUUGUUAUUGUUUAGAUAUGAUUUGUGAGAUACAUUGGACAAGGUACGAGAAGAACAAUCAUCAUGUAAUAUUUCAUUUCAUUCAUUAUUUUUGACCUUUGAAUUUUUUAACGCCAGACAUUUGUAUUCAGUUAAUUUUGCAAACGAUUUCCUUCCACUUGAUACUCUUUUUUCACUUAUUUUUCUAACCUUUUUUUGGAUUUGCUGUGGUGUAUAGUCUGUGACUUUUAGAAGAGUAGUAUCAUCUCAAACACUAUACACAAUAUAGUGUAUAGUGUGUGAGUUUUAGAAGGGUAGUAUCUCAAACACAACAUUUACACAUGGAACAUGUCAAAAGGAAAAGCGUUUUCCUAGUCAUUGGAAAUUAUGUCAAACACAUAUAAUGUGAUGCUGCUGGCAGCAUACAAAGCAUUUUUUAAAUGUUGAAAGAGUAUAUGUGGCAAUAAAAGAUAUCAGCCAACAUUAAAAAAAAAAAAAUCUCAUCCACUGUCGAACAUUCUACACUCCUCAAUCUAUGUAAAAUACAAAAUGGUGCAGAGGAAUACAUAAGUAUGUGAUUUGGAAUCCAACUUCUAGCUUUUGUGAGGAAAACUUAUGUAGUGUCCAUUGUAAAUGCAAUAAAAUAAUUAACAACCUUCUUAUAACACUAA